GUACGCGUAAAUCCAAAGAAGAAGAUCAUCAUCCAGCUCGGUGAAAAGAACGAUAAGCAAUAAACUUUUACAAGAAAGUAAAAUUUAUCGGAAAAAAGCCCGAUUUUGAAUACAGCUUCUUUCAGAGCGGUGUUCCUGCACGGUUGAAUAUCAGUGGUUUCUCUAAAAUACGGUGAUGAUACGGGUUUGAGCAAAUCGGGAAAAAUCGAUUGCUAAAAAAAAAAGAAGAUGUGCAAACGUCAAUAUCUGUUCGCUAGCGGAAUCUUCCUGCUGGCCUUUUUAGGCCGCCGAAUCAUUGUAAAUAGCGUUGAAUUAACAUUCGAGCUUCCUGACAAUGCCCGCGAGUGUUUCUUCGAAGAAAUUAAGAAAAAUCAAACGGCUACGUUAGAAUUUCAGGUUGUCACCGGUGGUCAAUACGACGUUGAUGUACAAUUGGUCAGUCCUACUCAGGAAAUCCUCUAUAAACAAGUCAAAACCCAGUUCGAUUCACAUCAGUUCACUGCUCAGGCUACCGGUAUCUAUGCCGCCUGCUUCAGCAAUGAGUUCUCAACAUUUUCAAAACUGAUCUACAUGGAUUUCCAAGUGGGUGAUGAGCAGCCGCUACCGGGCAUUGAUGAGCACUCGACGGUGCUAACCCAGCUGGAGUCAUCAUCGCAGGAAAUUCACAAGUUAAAUGCCAUCCUAGACUACCAGACACACCAUCGAUUACGGGAAGCCCAAGGUAAUCAUUAAAUAAUAUUAAUUGCA